AUGGAGCCAUUGAGAGUUUCUGAGGAGGGAAGUGGGAAAAGGCAUGUGUUAGAAAAAUCAAUCUGGCAGCUUUGUGCACCCAACAAGUCCUGUGGAUGGAUGAUGGUCCUGAGAGAAGGCCCGGUCUCUGGGAGGACAGCGCACGCCGCCAGCACGGUUACCACGGACCCCUCCCCCGCCCCUGUCCCCUCGCUGUCACUAGUCCCUGACCCGAGGACAAGACCCGGAACUGCGCCCGCGGGGGAGCCCGGCAGUGAGGACCGACCUCCGGCCCCGCCGUCCUCAGUGGCUCUGGCCCGGGCGAGCCUCCGCCUGGCCGGAUGGGGCCGCUCGGCCGCCGCGCCGCACCGCCCCCCGGGACAACUCCGGGAGGAUCGGGGUCUGCCCGGCGCCCCCCGGGCGCGUCUCGGAGCGGUCGGUCUCUGCCCGGGAGGGCGCCGGGGAGGCUCGGCCCGGUCUGCGCGCGGCGCUCCUCGCCGGCGAGCUCUUUCGGUAGCCCGGGUGGAUCGUGGUGGGAACGUCCCCGCGUCGGAGAGGGACUUGGCAUUGCCAGCGGCCGGCGAACUUGAGGAAGUGAGGGGGCAGGUUCAACUAAAGGACAACUGUCUUCUAAACUCAGUAAUCAAGAGUCUUCCUCCUGGAGGCCCUGCUCCAGUGUUAGAGGAAGCUUAUGAUCAUCUCUUGGAAGCCCCGGUCACUCGGGAGCAGUUAAACCACUACCGGAAUGUGGCCGAGGCUGCCCGGAGUGAACUUGCAGCAACGCUGGUCCAAUUUGAAUCUGCUCAGUCUGAGCUUCGAGAACUGCGAUCCAAGAUGCUUUCUAAAGAAGUUUCCUGUAAAGAAUUGAAAGCUGAGAUGGAGAGCUACAAAGAAAACAAUGCCAGAAAAUCGUCUCUCCUCAUCUCUCUGAGGGACAGAGUUCAAGAACUAGAGGAAGAAUCAGCGGCUCUCUCCACUUCUAAAAUUAGAACUGAAAUCACAGCUCAGUCUGCAAUCAAGGAGAACCAAGAGUUAAAGAAGAAAGUGGUAGAACUGGGCGAAAAAUUACAAAAAUGUUUAAAGGAAAAUGAGGAGAAUAAGAAUCAAGUCUCACAGAAUUGCAGGAAACAUGAGGAAUUUCUGGCUCAACUUCGUGACUGCUUAGAUCCAGAGAAGAAUGCAAAAGCAUCAGAUGAAGAUUUAAUUCUCAAGCUUGGAGAGCUGUGCAAGGAAAACGCAUUUGUGAAAGGACAAAUUGUUGCUCUUGAAGAGACUAUAAAUGUCCAUGAGAUGGAGGCAAAAGCUAGCAGAGAGACAAUCAUGAGGCUGGCUUCAGAAGUAAACAGAGCGCAGAAAAAAGCUGCCUCCUGCAUUGAAGAGAAAGGCAAGCUGAGCCAGGACUUGCUUGGUGCCAUGGAGGCCAAAGAAGCUCUUGAAAGGGAAGUUAAGUUCUUCCAAGAAAGGCUGCUUGCUGGUCAGCGGGUCUGGGAUGCCUCAAAGCAGGAGCUGAGCCUCUUGAAGAGGAGCUCUUUGGAGCUGGAGAAGAGUUUGAAGGCCAGUCUGGAGGCAACCGCGGCCUCCGAGACGGAGCUCUCCUCAUUUAGGGAGAAGAUAGCAGCCCUGCUGAGGGGCAGCUCAGGCACACUUAGGCCCUCGGAGAAUGCCAUUCUGGAGAGGAUUCGAGAAAUGGGCAGCCAGGAAGAGAGCGGGAAACAGAUGGUCUCCCAGCUUGAAGCCCAAAUAUCUAAGCUUGUUGAACAGUUGGGAAAUGAGUCCCAGUUUCACCAGAAAGCCCUGCAGAGAGCCCAGAAAGCAGAAAACAAGUUGGAGACUCUACAGGGUCAGCUAACACACCUGAAGGAAGAGCUGGUCUCUGGAGGUGUUCUGCGAGAUGAUUUGAAUUUCGAGAAGCAAAAAUAUCUUAAAUUUCUGGAUCAGCUUUCAGAGAAAAUGAAGUUAGACCAGAUGGCUGCUGAACUUGGCUUUGACAUGCGUCUGGAUGUAGUUUUAGCUCGCACGGAGCAGCUGGUCCGCCUUGAGAGCAAUGCAGUCAUUGAAAACAAGACGAUCGCCCACAAUUUACAGAGAAAGCUAAAGACUCAGAAGGAAAGAUUGGAGAGCAAAGAGCUGCACAUGAACCUCCUCCGGCAGAAAAUAGCCCACCUGGAGCAGGAAAAGCAGGUGCGCUCGGCUGUGAUGGUGGAGAGGGACGAGGCCAAUGUCACCAUCAGGAAGCUGCAGAAGAAGGUGGAGAGGCUGCAGAAAGAGCUGAGUGUGUGUCAAGAGCUGAACACCGAGCUCAAAGCCAAACUGGCUGACACCAAUGAACUUAAGAUUAAAACUUUGGAACAGACCAAAGCCAUUGAGGACCUAAAUAAAUCCAGAGACAAACUGGAAAAGAUGAAGGAGAAAGCUGAGAAAAAGCUGCUGUCUGUCAAAUCAGAACUGGAGACUACAGAACAUGAAGCUAAGGAGAAUAAAGAGAGGGCCAGGAACAUGCUAGAAGUUGUAACCAGUGAAAUGAAGACACUAAAAAAAUCUCUGGAAGAAGCAGAAAAGAGAGAAAGGAAGCUGGUGGACUUCAGGGAGGUGGUUUCUCAGAUGCUGGGCUUGAACAUGAUGAGUCUUGCUCUUCCUGACUAUGAAAUCAUCAAAUGUCUGGAAAGACUGAUCCAUGCACACCAGCAUCACUUUGUCACCUGUGCCUGCCUCAAAGACGUGACUGCAAAGCAAGAUAGGCCCCCACAAGGCCACUUACAACUUCUUCACUGAACGCUGUCUCUCUUGAGGGAGGUGGAGAUGAUGAGAGAUAGGAUGCAAUUCUCAAUUUCAUAAAUUCCCCAAUCCUUUGAAAUUUGAUCAGUGUGUGAAUAUUGCAUUCUCUGAUGAUACUGCAAGAAUUCAUCAUGGACAAAAAAGGAUCUUAAGAGUGCCAUCCUUAGGUAAGUGUUUGGCACUAUAAACAGCUAUUAUUUUAUUUGCUAGCACUUUGGGACUCAAGACAAAGUUUACUAGAUUGCGUAUCUAGAACUGGAAAUGAUGGUAGGGAAUGAGCAUUUAUGUGGUAUCUAUUAUGAGACAGGGAUUCUACUACACUUUAAUUCUCACAAUAAUAAAGUGAAGAAACUGUAAUGUCUCUAUUUUAUAACCUCUAUGAGGCUCAGAGAGGUGAUCUUGGUUACCUACCUAUGAUUGCAAUUAAUUACUGACAGAACCAGAAUGAAUACCACACUGACUCUGUAUCAAAGGCCACACUUUCUCUGUUAUUUCAGUCUUUCUGUUUCUCUUGAACUCCAGUGAUUCUGGUGAAAAUACCUGCAUCAGAAAGGAAGGAAAACAUCCUUACAAUCAAGGAUUGAAGCCCAGAAGUGACUGAGAUUUAUAAGUGUAGCCCCUAUGAUUUCUUUAAAAAGCCAUAUACCUAAUUAUUUGAAUGAAACACACCUAAGUCUGAGGUCCUGUAAAAAGAAAAAGAAAAAAAAAAAGAAAAGUACCUCUUUAAAAUGUUGCAACCACAUCACAUAUGGUGGUAAUCUUUAAUGUUUGAACAGAGCUGAGCUCUGUACUUGAAAAAUAAAAACUUUAAUAUAAAAUACCUAUAAGAUAAAGAAAAUCUACACAGUUUAUUCACCAAUAUAUCAAAUGUAAGGGGUUUGCUGGUGGUUCAGAUGGUAAAGAAUCUGCCUACGAUGCAGGAGACCCAGUUUCGAUCCCUGGGUGGGGAAGAUCCCCUGGAGAAGGAAAUGGCAACCCACUCCAGUAAUUCUCGCCUGGAGAAUUCCACGGACAGAGGAGCCUGGCCAGCUACAGUCCAUAGGGUCACAAAGAGUCGGACACAACUGAGUGACUUUCACUUUACUUUUACUUUAUAUCAAAUGUAAUGACAACAGGGAUAACUUUCUCAAGAUGGAGAUUACAUAGUGCAUUUCUAUUAUUUUAUGUCUUCUUUUUAAAUUUCUGUUUCACAAAUAUUUUUCAGGAAACCAUAUUCUUAGCUUCCCAAGAAAAACAUGUUUCUCUUUGGGCAAUAUUCUUAUUUCUUUCCUCCAAAAAAUUAUUUUUAUAUAAUCCCUUAAAACAUGAGUGUCUAAUUAAAGGAGAAGGACGAAAAUAGAUUCUACCCAAACAUUAAGAGAAAAUGAAGACGAGAAGAAAGGAAAUGAGUUUCACACAGUUUGGAUGACAGCUGACGGAGAGGGAGUGUGACCAAGGAACUCUGCUGGGGGGUGGGUCAUCUCUGCCUGGCUUUUUCCAUCACGUGAAUUUUGCUAUUGCACGGCCCUGACUGAGGACAUGGACCAGGUCUGCACAGUCAGGGAGGUAGCUGUGUAUUCUCCCAGGGGAAGGUCUGAGGUCUGUGGAGAUCCCUUCAUGUGCUCCAAAGGUGCAGUGGCUGCUGCCCUGGACCACAUUCGCCUCAGUAGAGAAGGUGACUUCACUCUUUGGGUCCCUAGGGGAUGGAAGGACUGCGUGGUUCUGCUCCAACCAGGCCAUGGAACGCAGUCUGCUUAGGGGUACAAGGUCCAGGCCAGGGCAGGGGGAGAUCAGUUUUUGUACAUUCACUCUGUUUUCAUUUUCCAAAUACACUCUUUGAUGAACUUAAUUUAUUUUCUCUGUACAUUUCCUUUCUACACUCUUCAAAGGUACUUUUAACAAAAUCACUUUAAAACACAUAAACUGUGUCAUAAUAUUAUUUUUCCAUUUUGAUUUAUUAAUUCUAUUCAUUAAUUUUAGUUCUAUACUCAUAUAAGAGAUUAAAAAGGGUCUGGAGUGGUUAGUACUGUACUUUCUCUUUAUCAUGCAGAAUUACAAUCCAUUUAUCCAAAUAAACAUUUAUAUAAUAUUUCCAAUAUAUAACUCAAGUACAGAUACAAUCAUCUUUAAUACACAUAGAAAUAUUUAAAAUCUUUGAAUAUAAUCUUUAGGAAUUUCUGGUGGAAAGACUACAUCUACAUGGGAUAAGGAAAAUAAAUUCUGUCUGUGUACAUAUGUCCACACGCACAGUAAGUAUGUGUCAUUUAGACACAUUGACAACCCUUUAAUAAAGCUAUUACCCUCCUUGUUGAAGUGCCAGCUGGUUGUCGUCCUUCCCUCUGUGGCAUCAUUCCAGAGUUGGCAGGCCAGCUUCACAAAAUUUUGUGUUAGAUUUUGUUCUUCUGUAAUAUCCAUGUAUAUUUUAUGUUGUCCAAUAAAAUGCAUUAGUGUGAUGUGAUUUUCUAAACAGAGUAUUAAAAUAUUUAACAUUA